AUGGUUCAUUUAAUAAAGUCUAUAAGGGCACAUUCUGAUAAAUCAUGGACCUUGAGUUCUCAUAACACAUUACCGUUACUCGCUACAGGAUCAACGGACAAGACAUCAAACAUAUAUAAGUUAUCGGCCAAACAAAAUUUUCCACUUUUAUCGAAAUUAGAAGACACACACAAGCGAUCUAUAAGAUCAGUUGCUUUCAAACCCCCUAUAGAAUCUACUGAUGAAAGUUAUUUGGACUUACCUGUGUUAGCGAGUGGAUCAUUUGAUUCCACUAUAUCUAUAUGGGGGAUUGAUGAGCCGGACGAGGAUUUUGAUAAUGAAGACCUUUUGAAUGAUCAGAAGCAAAUCUUGACGAAUCCUAAUAAUGAAUGGAAUCUAAUGGCUAUAAUUGAAGGGCAUGAAAACGAAAUUAAGGCGGUAGCAUGGAAUUAUUGUGGAAAUUUACUUGCUUCAUGUUCGAGGGACAAGACGGUUUGGAUAUGGGAAACUGAUCCAGAAACGCUCGAAGAAUUUGAGUGCAUUUCUGUUCUAAAUGAUCAUCAGCAUGAUAUAAAGCAUAUAGAAUGGCACCCAAGCCAAAAUUUGUUGGCCAGUAGUUCUUACGACGACACUAUUCGAUUGUACAAGCAAGAUCCGGAUGAUGAUGAUUGGACUUGUGUCGGAGUGUUGAAUGGCCACGAGGGAACAGUGUGGUGUUCAAAGUUUGAGAGUCCAAAGAGCCCCCAUGCAAGGGCCGGUAUCACAAGAUUGGUAUCUGUUAGUGAUGAUUUAACUGCCCGUAUUUGGUCUUCAAAACUGGCCGAAAUUGAAGAUUCCAGGGAGUCGAGCUUACCCAGCUCAAUCAAGCAUAAUUAUGAGAUGGUUUGGGAGCUAGAUUGCAUUCUUCCAGCAGCACAUAAAUAUCCAAUUUAUUCUGUCAGCUGGUCGGAAAGAACUGGCAAAAUUGUAACUGCUGGCUGUGAUGGUAAGAUUGUAAUCUACGGAGAAAAAGAUGGAAUCUGGCAAAUUGAAAGUGUCCAAGACUCUGCACAUGGUGUUUAUGAAAUAAACUGUGUCAUUUGGUCGGUGCUUGACGAUGACAGUGAAGUCGUGGUCAGCACCGGUGAUGAUGGAGUGGUAAAUAUCUGGAAUCCUUCACCAGUUGGCUAG